GUGAGAGGGAAGCGAGAAAGAGUCAGGUCGCAGUCAGCGCAUUGGCUUGCUGGAAAAGGGGACGCUUUGGAGCUUCCAAAUACUGACUGUCCUAAAACAGCAGUCAUUAUAAGGAUAACAGCUACGGCUAAGAGAGGAAGGGCUUAGCUCAAAACGGGAAAACGCAAGGAUUUCUAUCUCUGAAGGGGAGGAUUUGAUUUUUUUAACCACAUUUGGCUCGCCACCAGCAUGCAGAGACCCAGUGGCCAAGGAACAGCGUUUUCCAUUGACUCCCUAAUUGGGACUCCACAGCCCCGGUCGGGGCACCUGCUUUACACAGGCUACCCCAUGUUUAUGCCUUACAGACCACUUGUCAUUCCUCAAGCCCUCUCUCAUUCGCCUCUACAAUCUGGCAUUCCUCCGUUAGCUCCCUUGGCUUCCUUUGCCGGACGUCUUACCAACACCUUCUGUGCCAGUUUAGGACAAGGGGUGCCCUCCAUGGUAGCCCUCACCACAGCGCUGCCCAGCUUCUCUGACCCUCCGGAUAGCUUCUACCCACCACAGGAAAUCCCGGGGCCACGAUUAAGCGCUGACCCUGGGGUAAGGAGACAAGAGAGUCCGCAUGCUGAGGAUCUGCCUGCGAGAGACAAGAGUUCAGAGCUUCUCAACUUCUCGGAAACUUUUCAAACUAUCACAGGCGAAACCAAAUUGUACAGUUCAGAUGACGAGAAACUGGACAUUAAAUCAGCUGAGACCCCAUGCAGCGACAGAGAGGAGGACAGCUCCGCUGACAGCGAGAAUGAAAGUUUCUCUGACGGCAACAACUGCGGUCCUUUGUCCCAAAAGAACAAACUCAAACCCGGGUCUCAGGAGCCGCUACCCGCGGGUAAUUCUACAGGAAAAAGCAGGAGACGGCGGACAGCAUUUACCAGUGAGCAAUUGCUUGAACUUGAGAAAGAGUUUCACUGUAAAAAGUACCUCUCUCUGACUGAACGGUCACAAAUAGCGCAUGCACUUAAAUUAAGCGAAGUUCAGGUCAAGAUUUGGUUCCAAAACCGCAGAGCCAAAUGGAAACGGAUUAAAGCCGGCAAUGUCAACAACAGAUCGGGGGAACCCGUAAGGAACCCUAAAAUUGUGGUGCCCAUUCCUGUGCAUGUCAACAGGUUUGCUGUGAGAAGCCAACACCAGCAGAUCGAGCAAGGGAGCAGGCCGUGAAUAAUAAAAAAGACUACUUUUCUUAUACACAGCCACUGUAUAAACCAAGAGAACCACAACCACUGCAUAAACUUAAAAAAAUGCGAACCUACAGGUGAGAGUCAAGUUUAAAGAAACAGGCAGCGCCUGAAGUCUGGACUCCAAAGCAAAAUGAUGAUUGCACAAGGAAUAAACUACAAGUAAUACCCUGUAAUGUAAAACUUCAAAUUGUAUAUUGUUGAGGAAAAUGAUCGCUUUCACAAUAUACGUGUUACAAUAGUUUCAGUACAACUCCAAGGCUGCACUAUUUCUCAGUUGCAAUCUAAAUAUAAUACUGAAUAAUCUAGUUGUGAAGCUGUCUACAGGGCAGAAAAAUGUCUAUAAAUCAGCCAUAUCUUUCGACACAGUGGAUAAUAAAUCAUCGUUAGCUUACUGAAAUCUAAAAAUAAAAUUAAGACAGUAAGGCCACUAUCUCAAAUAAAAUAAUUAAAACUUGACGUUAUUUGAAUUCGAUUCCUUAAUAAAAUAACCUCAUUUUACAAUUAUGGUUUUGGGAUGUGUAAAUGCUUAUUUAUUUUUUGUAAAGUAUGUAUAUACUGAAAGUGUCGCACGACGACACAGAAGUGCACUAUGAAACGAGAUUGUAUACAAUUUCUUUUAAAAUAUUUAUAUGUUGCAAUGUGGUGGAACGCCACAGGUAUAUUUUUUUGUUUCUGUUUUGAAAUAACUUUUCUUUGUGUAAAUUUCGUGAAUUUUCUGCAUGUUUGCUUACUUGUUGAAGCUGUUUUAUUUCAUUUUACUGUUGUGCAAGAAGUUAUCAUUUCCCUUGAUCGGAACAGUUAGCAUGUGCAUUCAAAUGUCUUUUACGGUACAGUCUGGAAAACGUAUUCGGCAGUUGUUUGUGGAAAUCGAAUUGUGAAAAAAGAGCAAAUUUAAGAAAUUCCAUUCGUAUGUAUAUAGAGAUGUGGUUUAAUAAUACCUACAACCGCGGGCCUCCUAAUGUAAACAUACAUGUACAUCUGUGAUUUCAAUAAAUUAUUUUCUAUCAAACUAAAGAAAGAUAAUUCAAUCUAAUUUAAGCUUUGAAACAUUGUGGUUUUUGAACCCGUGUGUCAAUGUUGUUCCGCUUCUUCUGAUACCUCUCCCGAAUACGUUGUUGAACAGGUGUGCUCAGGUUAGCGUUCAUGUGCAAUUAUAUCAUUAAUUUGUUCUUGUAACCUGUAUUAUAAGUAUA